AUGGCGACGCCCCCUCAAAAAUAGUUGUCGAGUUUGAUAAGCGUCGGGAGGUAGCUUAGCGUGUGGUGAAAAAUAAAAUAAUGUUCUAAGCCUACUAGGCGAAAAUACUGUAAAAUAAAAUUAUUUCUAAGCAAUAGUUAAUUUCAAUAACAGGUUAAAAUGGCGGAUCCAGGUUUUCCAGGAAAGACUGCUACCACAACUACAGUACAUACAAACAGUACUACUACAGUUCAAACCAAUGUGCGGUUUGAUCCAUUCUAUAUUAGAACCAUACCUGGAAUACUAAAAUGUGUUCAAGUGACGCUCAACUUAAUAGGAUUCAUCUGUAUCGAAUGCAGCGGGUGGCUAGCGACUCACUCAAGAGGGGCCUUCUUCAAUUUCGUAGCUAUGACUGGAUUUUGGUUUACCGGAAUCCUGUUGGCUUUCUACUUAUUCCACCUUAUAGAAAAAUUCCACAGGGUGCCAUGGCUAAAGAUUGAAUUCAUAUUUUGUGCCGUAUGGACCGGAUUAUAUUUGAUAGCGGCGUCUUUAGCUAUAUCGUUUCACCAAGAAGCCUACAUUGCAGCUGGGUUCUUCGGCUUCUGCGGCAUGGUAGCGUACGGAAUCGACGGUUUCUUUAAGUUCAAGGCCAUCAAAAGUGGACAACUUGCUCAAGGAGAAAGAGUAGUCAGUCGGCAAACGACAACUGUAACUAGUCCAGCAUAUUAAAUCUAAUCAUUUCUUGUUGAUCACCAAUUAUCACAGUCUCACUAAUCUUCAAUACCUACACCUAACAACCACGAAUUAGACUAAUACUCAAAAAGUGUAAGUAAGUCUCGGAUUAAUUUAACUUAAGUAAUAAGGUGGGUAUUUUUUUUAUAGAAUGGCAGGUUCAUAAUAAUGCUAAUUUUUUGUUAUUGUGUGUUAAAAUAUAAGAAAGUACAUCUACAAAGUAUAAAGAAAGCAAUAUUUACAAUUUUCGACGAUAAAGGAAAUAUAUUUUUAAAUCAGGCGAGACGCAUUAGUCUCUCGCACUUGGUGGUAAGAGCUUUGUAGCAUACCUUGUUUUUUCCUUAAACUCUAAUGAGUUCUGUGGCCUCAACGAAGACAACAGUUUUCUUAUUGGUAGUUUUAGGAUCUCUUCUGGUUCAAACCUCAAUUGACCAGUGAAAUCCUGCCUCACAUCACUUUGUACAUUCUAACGGCAUAGUAUGUGUAACGCAGUGUCUUCUUCCAUUUCGUUUGUAUAGAUGGUUUCUUAAACGGCAAUGUCCAGUUAUCUUUCAGUGACCGUUUUGAUCUCUCAUUUAUUGAGGUUCAUCAAAUUGUUCGAGAGUUUUUUUAUCAAUAUUAUUGAUUAUUUUUCUAGGCUGGAUUUACCCUUGAGUGACUCCAUUUCUUUUGAUGAUUCCUUAUCGGUCAUUUCUGAACCUCGUUGUUCGUAGCAUCUUUAGUGAUGCCACAGAAAGGUUGUGGGCCUUCAAAAGUUUCUCUCAAGCCUUGUUUUGCCAAUAUAUCUGCUCGUUCAUUCUCAUGCACUCCUUCGUGACCUGGCACCCAUAUUAAAGACAUUCUAUUGUCUAUUGUCAGGUUGUUGACUAGUUUUGAUUUCGUGAGUGGUUUCUUUACUGCCAGAAUCUCUGUAAAUAUUGAUUUUGACGUCGAUAUUACAAAGUGUUGCCGUUACCAUUUGUGGCGUUACGAACUGCCGCGUUACGAGAUGUUUGUCAUGUUAAACAACAUGUAUUACUCUUUGUACUUUCUAGGUGAACUUUACGGUAUUGUACUUGUUAAAUUUUGAUAAGAGCUUAUGAUAAAGUUUUUUAUUUUAAUGUUAAGUUGAAAUCGAAAACUCCUUAAAUUAUUAGACAAACUAAAAUGGUGUUAUGUUUGAAAAAAUGAUUACUUCAACAAAAAUAUUGCAAAAUAUUAUUUACUGUAUUAUAUUUUAGCUAUGACCAACUAGAAGGUGGCCUGGCAAAUUUUUUAUAUUCAGUUUUACUUAUAUUGCUAGGAAAUGAAGAGAAAAGAAUUAUUAAAGUACAAGAUAUAACGAAUAUAGAUAUACAAUCAUAAGCUACAUCUAGAACUACUUCAAAGGGCAAACUUUUUAAAUUCUUGUUAUUUGAAAGGUAUAUAAAGAGCACUCUACCAUUUAGUAGACCAACCAAGUUACUUUUCAGUACCAAAAAACAAAUUUUACAAAAUAAAAACCAACGAACUAAUGUGAUGAAGAAAAAACAACUACCCAAUAACAUUGUAAAAUGUUUAGAUGUCACGGGAUUUGACAAGUGGCAAAUGACACUGACACAAACAUGAAAAGAUUGUCCUGUGUAAAAUCAACAAGAAGUUUUGUUUUAGAAGAUGAAUCAAUUUGUAAUUGAUCGAGUUUUAAUAGAUUUAUGUAUUCUAUUACUUUCUGUUCUCGAUAUGUUUAUAACACUAUGAAUCGUGAAAUUUUAAUAUAAAUCGUUUAAUGGCUCCGUUUUCCAUUGAAUUUUCGCAUUGAAUUGUUGGUGUUCAUAAGUUUCUAAAGUCUUCAUACAUUGGGAUCAGCAUUUGUGCUUAAAGGGCACAGAAAACGUGCUUUUACCUGUAAAAGUAGAGCGACAUUCUUGUUAAUGACAUUGAGUACUUUAAUUUUGCUUUUCUCGAAAUGUCGAGAUGCAUUCUCAAAAAAUAUUGCAUUUUUGUUGAUUUACAAAUAAAGUUUUUAGAUAAUGUGUAUAUUUUCUUCAGUCAUAUUGUAUUUUGUAUAAUGAUUACUGAAAGUACCAAUAGUGGCUUAUAUAUAUUCAAGAACACGUUAAGAAAUAAACUUUCUACAACCCUAAUGUACCUUAUGUAAAUGCUAUGUACAUUUAGCAGAUAACUUCGCAAUAAUUUUUGUAUACAAGCAAUUUAAAUUUUAUCGUCAAAUUUAAAUCGGUUAAGACUGGACAGAUUGUCAACUGUAGAUUUUGUACUAUAUUAAAAAAAAGAAGUUAUUUGGUAUAUAUGUAUAUAUCGGUUACAAAAAUAUAUGAGUUUGUGUCGAAAUCAUCUAAAUCACUUAGAAACACAAACAGUAGGUACUAGUAUUUUAAUACUUGUUAUGUACAUUAUAACCACUUAUUUUAUGCCAUAGAUCUAGAUGAACUUUGAUCUCUAUCGUAUUUCUCCAUUCAGUCUGAUUCCUUAGAGCUUCAUGUCAAUUUUAGACACUGUUCUUCCUUGACUCUAUAACUCAGUGGACUGGCAGCUUUAUAUUGAGUUGAGGAGUUAGUCAGUUCAUUAGUGAGUCACUCGCUACCCAGACAAUAUCUUAAACAUCUCACAUUUCGUCUUUGGCGCCUAUAAAGCAUUUGGAAAAACGGACUUGGUGUCUUCACUCUUCACUUCUACUUCUGGUACCAUUUGAGCCAUCAGGCCUACUUUCACAUUUAAAUGAAAAUCUUCAGUAUUCGUUCAUUUGCUCAUAUGCCUGCUCAUUGAAGGUAUUGUAAAUUGUAUUUUUGUUUAAGGUGAUACAGUAGCGAUCAACAGGUAGCAAAAACGCGUUCCAAGAUUGCGGCUGUAAUUUUGAAUAUUUUUUCGAGAUAUUUGGCACACAUAUUCGUAACAUAAUAAAGAAUGGCGGUACAGAGCCCAAUUUGAAAAAUAUAUUAAUAUGUGUAAAUUACUCUGUAAUUAAAUACAAUAUUAAAAAAAUGAGCCUGUACCGCCAUUAAGAAGAACAAAAAAAUACACUUUCUUCAAAUAAACUUUUUUAUACGAUGCCUAGAUUUUGUGUCAUUUUGGAACUACUAAAAUUUUUUAUUUCAUUAGUAGUUCCAAAAUGACACAAAAUCUAGGCAUCGGAUAAAAAAGUUUAUUUGAAGAAAGUGUAUUUUUUUGUUCUUCUUAAUGGUGGUACAGGCUCGUUUUUUAAAUAUUGUAUUUAAUUACAGAGCAAUUUCCACAUAUUAAUAUAUUUUUUAAAUUGGGCUCUGUACCGCCAUUCUUUAUUAUAUUACGAAUACGUGUGCCAAAUAUCUCGAAAAAAUAUUCCAAAUUACAGCCGCAAUCUUGGAACGCGUUUUCGCUACCUGUUGAUCGCUACUGUUUCCUCUUAAUGUGGAACUAGGUCACAGUUCCUAUGAUACCCAUGUUCAGCAUUUAACAUAUAAAAUAAAGUACAAGAAAGAUAUAAGUGAUUAGGUUAUUUUCACACAUACCUCAAGUAUAAGCACUUGUUAUAUAAUUUAUUGUUGAUAUAUUCUAAAUGUUUACUGUUAGGGAACACUGUAUUAAUGUUUAUAAUGAGGAUAGAGCACUUUACAAAAGUAUUUUGUAUUAAAGAAUAAACUUUAUUAAUGAAUUCGACAUCAUGUGAAAAAUACUUAAAGCCAAUUAUAUAAAACAAAUUGCUGCGCAUGUGUACUUGUUUUAUAUUCAUACUGUUGGUAUUCAAAUAGAAGCUACAACUAUUUUGCGAUAUAAUAAAAUAUUAGCAAAGGUUGUAUCUGCUACGAUAUCUUAGAUAUUCACCACCUGAAAGCAACCAAACAAAAAACUGUUUUAUUUAUUAUAUAGAUACUUUUAUGUACAAAUAUAAUGGAUUUUCAAUUAAAAUUGCGGUUUAUUCCUAUCAAAUAUAGUACAUAACAGAAAUUUCACAAGUUUUAGAACUUAAAAAUUAUUCUUUCUUUCUUUAGAAAUACUUUAGAAAUACGUUUUUUAAAAAUUAAAUACUUUAUUAAUAAUCUAACAAAUAUCUGUUAACAUAUUUUAAGUUUUUAUAAAAAAUCGUGUUUUUCCCUGCUUGGGAUGAUUCAUCGUCCUUCUGCCGUUUACCUUCAAGCAACAGGUCUGUUAAUUUUCACAAAUAUAAAAUGGUCCUUCUAGCUGUAUAUUUAUCAUCUAUCCGGCUCGGAAGGACCAUAUAAAUCUAUUUUCACGCAUAGUUGAUAUGCUCAGUUUUUUGCACUGGAAAAACAGUAUGGAAAACUACAAUAUUCCAUCGUAAAUUAGUCGUUUUCACAUAAUGUAGAAUUUUCAUAACUAAUCUUAUCAUACAUACUGCUUUCUGGAUUAUAUUUAUUUUUGGAUAAAUAUAAAGGUUGUCAAAAAUACUAAAGGCCAGUAAUAUAUUUUUAUUAAUAUCAAAUUGCUUUGUAUAUACUAUUGUUUUAUUGUACAAUCAGAACUAUCUAGAUUAGAAAACUACAUUUUAAGUAUAGUUCAGAAAUCAAGUCUGGUUUGUUGGGUUGUAAAAAACGCAAAUUGAAAGUAGGUUUUCUUUUAAGGUAUUCAAUAUUCUAAAUAAAAAACAUAUUUUAUGCUAUGGGAACUGCUUGAAAAUUGCUUAAAACAAAUUUCCCAUUAAUGAUUAAAAAAGGCUAGUUCUUUUUGAUUUGUGCCGUUGUCGGUAUAUGUCCGUCAGCGGAUUUACAAGUAUUAUGCUUGGCUAAACUGCUUAAAACAAAUAAACUAUUUAUUGCAAUAUAUCUGCGCUGUGGUAACGUAGAUAAUAUUGGACCAAAAUAAAAUAUGAAAAAAUGUUGUUCUUUUUGGUUUGUGCCGUUUGUCGGUAUCCGUCCGUCAGCGCAUUUACAAAUAUUUUAAAAACUGCUUGAAACAAAUUUCACACUUAGGUCCAUUGCAAUAUAUCUUUGCUAUUGGCUCCGUGCGUGACCAUGGUGGGGAAGCAGCGAAACUAUGCCAGCGCCUGUAGGGGCGAAAUAUGACAACUUUGGCGAAUAAUGAUUGAAUAAUAAUUUUUUUUUCAAUAGAUAUUUCGCUUACCUUAUUAUUGCCGUUUUGAUUUUUAUUAUUUAUAUUGUAUAUUUUCAUACUGACUUUCUUUCCUUCCCCUAUCUGGUUUUAUAUUCCUAUAGUCAUCUAUUUCCAUUUUGUGUUACACACACACCACAAAAUUAAUAGUUCAAUAGACCCAGGUAAUGCUAAAAUCUGGUACUAAAAUUCACACUGCCUAAUUACUUUCAAUGUACACUUAAUUAAUGUUAACACCGCUAACUAAACUAUAACGAAAAGUAAAGAAAAACCCUUAAAAUUGAUACUUUCUUCAGAAAACUUCCAAAUAUCCGCUUUUUAAUUUGACGUUUAUUUGACACUCGAACUUAUUGUGUGUAUAAUAAAUUUUAUCAAAAAUGGUAAAUAAAUAUUACAUUAACGUCAAAUCUGUCAUAUGUGUAUUACAUGUUUUACGUCAAAUUGUGUUCACCAAAAAUUUCAGGCGACUACGCUAGGUGUCGCAUCAGUUAUGCACGGAGCGAAUAGUAACGUAGAUAAUAUUGGACCAAAAUAAAAUUAAAAAAAAAGAUUUGUUCUUUUUGGUUUGUGCCGUUUGUCGGUAUCCGCCCGUCCGUGGAUUUAAAUGUUUUUAAAAAACUGUUUGAAACAAAUUUCACACUUGGAUUCAUUACAAUACAGUGAUGAGUGUGCUAAUAACCGGUAAGAUAACGUAAAAGACGGAAAACAUAAUACGUUAUGGAAUAAAAAGAAAUGAAACUAGUAGAGGCGGGAAAUUAUAAAUACAACCUAUAAAAAUUUACAUUAUAUUGAUAGCUUCCCACUUUUAGAUGUAUCGGAGGAGUAUGUCAACUAACACUGUCACUGUCACAGUUCUAGUUGCCAAACUCAUUCCAUACGUACAAAGGUGGAAAACUUUCAAUAUAAUGUAAAUUUAUGGGUUUCUAUUGAUAAUUUCUCACCUCUACUAGUUUCAUCUCUUUUUAUUUCAUAUCGCAUUAUGUUUUCCAUCUUUUACGUUAUUUUUCCGGUUAUUAGAGCACUCAUCACUGCAUAUCUACGCUGUGAUAAGGUAGAUAAUAUUGGACCAAAAGGAAAUAUAAAAAAGAUUAGUUCUUUUUGGUUUGUGCCGUUGUUGGUAUAUGUCCGUCAACGGAUUUACAAGUAUUAUGCUUGGCUAAACUGCUUAAAACAAAUAAACUAAUUAUUGCAAUAUAUCUGCGCUGUGGUAACGUAGGUAAUAUUGGACCAAAAUAAAAUAUGAAAAAAUGUUCUUUUUGGUUUGUGCCGUUUCUCGGUAUCCGUCCGUCAUGCGUCAGCGCAUUUACAAAUAUUUUAAAAACUGCUUGAAACAAAUUUCACAUUCACGAAUUAUUGCAAUAUAUCUGCGCUUUCGUAACGUAGAUAAUAGUGUAUUAAAAUACAAUAUGAAAAAAGGUUAGUUCCUUUUGAUUUAUGCCGUUUGUCGGUAUAUGUCCGUCAGCGGACUUACAGAUAUGAUCAACUAAACUGCUUAAAACAAAUUUCCUUUUGAUUUGUGCCGUUGUCGGUAUACAGUGGAUGAGUGCACUAAGAACCGUAAAAAUAACGCAAAAGACGGAAAACAUAAUAUCGCACCUCCGCUCAAAGAAUGUCAUAACUCAAAAAAAUUUAAAAUCGGUUUUAUUGCACCAACAGUUUAAUAAAACAAUAAACUCCUAUCUCACAAAGUGUCACGUCUAUGGGUCAAAUAUUUAUCGUUAGAUGACACUAGUGUCAUUAUACGAUUAUCCAAAAUCGACGACGCACCGAACACAAACAGUGUUACAUAUCGACUUGUACAAAGCAAUUGUCCAUCUAAGAUGUGUAUAAAACGUCGUUUGUCGAGUUAAGACAGUAUAUGCGAUUACUUUAUUAGUGACACUUUUAUCACUUAUUUAUUUUUCUUUUUGCAGUAUUUUGUGUUUAAUAUUGUUAUUCGUAUUUAAAGUUACAUCAUUAAAAAGUAUAAGUCUGUUAACCAGAUAAUAAUAAUGAUAUUAUAUUCUGUACUGCAAGUGUCACUUUUGAUAAAUAGUACACUGACCGGCACAAAAAACGGCCACCCCACAAAAUGGGUCAUUUUUGAUGUCUCUUAUUUCCUAAACCUGUUGUCCGAUUUAAGUGAUUUUUUUAUUAUGUUAUAGCUUUAUUCUUCAACAAUAUCGCUGUAAUAAUAUUGUUGUCACACAGGUAAAUUAUCAUUGUAUACCAAGUGUACCAAUCAAACUGUGUUUUUUUCUCAAAGGUCACCACACCCUGUGGAAUAUUGUAGCAUUUAUAAAAUACUGAAAUUAAACCCCAACUAUAGCCUCAGAUUUUCUUAACAUUCUGUUUUUUGAUUCAUUCGCUUAUGUUGGAUAAUAAAAAGUUAGGUACUUUAAUAACUAGCCUUGUUUUUCGUCAAUACAGGGUGUUUUUAAAUAAGUAUGGCAAACUUUAAGAGGUAAUUUUGCAUGAUAAAAUAAUGAUAAUUUGCUUUAUAAACGUAUGCAAAUGCUUCGUUUCCGAGAUACGGGAUGUUGAAAUUUUUAUUACAAACUAACGAUUUAUUUAUUGCUCUUAAAACCGGUUGAGCUAUGGAAAUGAAAUUUGGUAGCUUUUAAGACACAGUUAUUACACAUUUUUUGACAUGCAAUUAAUAAUUUUAUAAUCUCCAGUGGCGCGCAUAGGGGUAAUAUUAGCCGCAUGCACGCCAAUCGUGAAUAUAAAAUUCUUAAUUGUAUGUCAAAAAAUGCGCAAUAAUAACCUCUUAAAACCUACCAUAUUUCAUUUGCAUAUCUCAACCGGUUUUAGAGCAAUAAAUAAAUCGACAGUUUGUAAGAAAAAAAUUCAACAUCCCGUAUCUUGGAAAUGAAGCAUUUGAGGACUUAUGUUUAUAAAUCAAACAGUCAUUAUUUUUCCAUGCAGAAUUACCCCUUAAAGUUUGUCACACUUGUUUAGAAACACCCUGUAUUGACGAAGAAAAUGGCUAGUUGUUAAAGUACCUAACUUUUUUAUUAUCCAACAUAAGCGAAUGAAUAAAAAAACAGAAUGUUAAGAAAACCUGAGGCUAUAGUCGGGUUUUAAUUUCAGUAUUUUAUAAAUACUAGAAUAUACCACAGGGUGUGGUAAACUUUGAGAAAAAAAACACAGUUUGAUUGGUACACCCGGUAUACAAUGAUAAUUUACCUGUCUAGCAACAAUAUUAUUACAACGAUAUUGUUAAAGAAUAUGGCUUUAUAAUAUUAAAAAAUCACUUAAAUCGGACAACAGGCUUAGGAAAUUCGAGACAUUAAAUAUGACCCAUUUUGUGGGGUGGCCGUUUUUUGUGCCGGUCAGUGUAUUUCGUAAAUUUUUCGUUAUUUUAUCUGUAUAGUGUCACAACUCAUUUUUUUAAAUAUCUUUAAUAUACUUUAAUAGGCUAUUUUAUAGAGCUUUAAAAACCAUGUAACUGACUGAAAUAGUUAUUAUUCUAAUUUUAAUAGUUUUUGAAUUAAACCCAAAAAUGUUGUAGGACAAACUUUAAACGUCGUUUUCUCGAAACUUUGUUUUUUUGACUUAAGACACUCUUUAAGCGGAGGUGCGAUAUGUUGUGAAAUAAAAAGAGAUGAAACUAGUAGAGGCGGGAAGUUAUAAAUACAAACCUAUAAGUUUACAUUAUAUUGAUAGUUUUCCACCUUUAGACGUAUAUGAGGAGUAUGUCACAGUUCUAGUUGCCAAACUCCUUUGCUACGUCUAAAGGUCAGAAACUUCAAUAUAAUGUAAAUUUACAGGUUUCGAUUAAUAAUUACCGACCUCUACUAGGUUCAUUUCUUUUUUUAUUCGCAACGUAUUAUGUUUUCCGUUUUUUGCGUUAUUUUGGCGGUUAUUAGCGAACUCAUCACUGUAUAUCCGUCAGCGGAUUUACAAAUAUUACGCUCAGCUAAACUGCUUAGAACAAAUUUCGCACUAACGAUUUAUUGGACGAGAUUCUGCAGAAAGGAUCCAACCCACACUUUGUUAAAACUGAGAUAUUAGCCAAAAAGUUUACGACAAAAUUUAAAAUUCUCGAUUAAAAAUAAUUAACGUUUAACAUUAGAAUCGGUACAAUAUUAACGAUUCUAAUGUUAAGCCAUAAUUAUUUUUAAUAGAGAAUUUUAAAUUUUAUCGUAAACUUUUUGGCUAAUAUCUCAGUUUUAACAAUGUGUGGUUUGUCCUUUCUGCAGAAUCCCGUCCUAUUGCAAUAUAUCUGCGCUUUGGUAACGUAGAUAAUAUCGGAUCAAAAUAAAAAUAAAAAAGAUUAGUUCUUUUUGGUUUGUGCCGCUUGUCGGUAUCGGUGCGUCCGCGGAUUUACACGUAUUUAAAAAACUGCUUGAAACAAAUUUCACACCUAUGUUCAUUGAAAUACAGUGAUGAGUGCGCUAAUAACCGACAAAAUAACGUAAAAGACGGAAAACGUAAUACGUUGUGAAAUAUAAAAAGAGAUGAAACUAGUAGAGGUGGGAAAUUCUCAAUACAAACCUAUUAAUUUACAUUAUAUUGAUAGUUUCCCACCUUGAAAUGUAUCGGAGUAAUAUCUCAACUAAAACUGUCACUGUCACAGUGGUAGUUGUACCAUACUCCUCCGAUACGUCUAAAGGUGGGAAGCUAUCAACAUAAUGUAAAUUUAUAGGUUUCUAUUGAUAAUUUUCCACCUCUACUAGUUUCAUCUCUUUUUUUAUUUCAUAACGCAUUAUGUUUUCAAUCUUUUACGUUAUUUUUCUGGUUAUUAGAGCACUCAUCACUGUUUAUCUACGCUGUGGUAAGGUAGAUAAUAUUGGACCAAAAAGAAAUAUGAAAAAAGAUUAGUUCUUUUUGGUUUGUGCCGUUUGUCGGUAUAUGUCCGUCAGCGGAUUUACAAGUCUUUAGUAAACUGCUUAAAACAAAUUAUACAUUAACUAUUUAUUUAUCCGCGUCUGUCCGCGGAUUUACAAGUAUUUAAAAAACUGCUUGAAACAAAUUUCACACUUGGGUUCAUUGUAAUACAGUGAUGAGUGCGCUAAUAACCGGCAUAAUAGCGUAAAAGACGGAAAACAUAAUACGUCGUGAUAUAUAAAAAGAGAUGAAACUAGUAGAGGUGGUAAUUUUUAAAUACAAACCUAUAAAUUUACAUUAUAUUGAUAGUUUGUCACCUUUAGAUGUAUCGGAGGAGUAUGUCAACUAAAACUGUCACUGUCACAGUGGUAGUUGCCCAACUCCUCCGAAACACCUGAAGGUGGGAAACUAUCAACAUAAUGUAAAUAAAUUUAGAGGUUUCUAUUGAUAAUUUCCCACCUACUAGUUUCAUCCCUUUUUAUUUCACAACGUACUCUGUUUUCCAUCUUUUACGAUAUUUUGCCGGUUAUUAGGGAACUCAUCACUAUAUAUCUACGCUAUGUUAUUAAUAUUGGACCAAAAUAAAACAUGAAAAAAGAUUAGUUCUUUUUGGUUUGUGCCGUUUGUCGGUAUAUGUCCGUCAGCGGAUUUACAAGUCUUGAGUAAACUGCUUAAAACAAAUUAUACAUUAACUAUUUAUUUAUCCGCGUCUGUCCGCGGAUUUACAAGUAUUUAAAAAACUGCUUGAAACAAAUUUCACACUUAAGUUCAUUACAAUAAUCUACGCUAUGGUAAUGUAGAUAAUAUUGGACCAAAAUAAAAUAUGAAAAAAGUUAUUUUUUUGAUUUGUGCCGUAGUAAUAAACUAAUAGCGCAAGCUUUCUCCCUAGUUACUAAUGCAACAAUCUGUGUUGUAAAGGAAUUUCACAUUUGUAAGAUUUUUCUCCAUUGAAUAUGAAUAUUGAUUCACAUUUCACAUUUGUAAGGUUUUUAUCCAUUGGAUAUGAAUAUUGAUUCACGUUUCACAUUUGUAAGGAUUUUGUCCGUUGGAUAUCAAUAUUGAUUCACAUUUCACAUUUGUAAGGUUUUUCUCCAUUGAAUAUGAACAUUGAAUAACAUUUCACAUUUUUGUAAUCUUAUCUGCAUUGAAUAAGUACUGAUUCACAUUUGUAAGGUUUUUCUUUAUUUAAUAUAUGUACCUAAAUAAUGGUUCACAUUUUAAUUUGUAAGGUUUUUCUCCAUUGUUAUAAAUAUUGAUUCACAUUUGCAAGGUUUUCCUCCAUUGAAUAUGAAUAUUGAUUCACAUUUCUCAUUUUUAAGGUUUUUCUCCAUUGAAUAUGAAUAUGGAUUCAAAUUUCAGAUUAAUUGUAAUAUUUUUCUGCAUUGAAUAUAAUUAAUUCCACAUUUAACAUCUGUAAGGUUUUUCUUCAUUGUUAUGAAUAUUGAUUCACAUUUCACAUUUGUAAGGUUUUUCUCCAUUAAAUAUGGAUAUGGAUUCACAUUUCACAUUAAUUUGUAAUGUUUUCCUGGGUUGAAUAUGAUUGAUUCACAUUUCACAUUUGUAAGUUUUUUCUUUAUUGAAUAAGUAUACCUAAAUAUUGAUUCACAUUUGUAAGGUUAUUCUUCAUUGUUAUGAAUAUUUAUUCAUAUUUGUAAGGUUUUUCUCCAUUGAAUAAAUACUGAUUCACAUUUGUAAGGUUUUUCUCGAUAGUUAUGAAUAUUGAUUCACAUUUGUAAGGUUUUUCUCCAUUGGAUACGAAUAUUGAUUCACAUUUCCAUUUGUAUAGUUUCUCUCCAUUGAAUAUAAAUAUUGACUCUAUUCUCCAGCAUAAAUUGUUUGAUACACAUUUUAAAUGCUUUUCUUGGAUUAGAAUAAUGAUUCUAAUCUCCAGUGUGAAUCGUUUGAAACAGGAUUUACAUUUGUAGGGUUUUUCUCCAGUCCAAUCGUGAGUCAACUUUCGUUAAAGUUCAAUUUGUAACAAAUUAUGAAUCGCCGUAACUUAGCGGCAAGAUACUGGCCUCAUAAGCCAGAGCGCAAGAGUUCGAAUAUCGGCACAAACAACAUUUUUAUUUUUAAAAAGAAAAGGAACCGUUCACCAUGCUUCGGAGAGCACUUAAAGUGUCGGUCCCCUUUGGCUAGUGUGCAUCGACACUAGCCACUUGGAACAGGGUAAAGAUGCAAUUGGCGCCGGAGCAAUCCGAAAGGAUCUUCCUGGCAAAAUGCCAUACAAUAUAAUUGUUGUAACAAAUCUCACACUUGUAAGGUUUUCUCCAUCGAAUAUUAAUAUUUGAGGCGCUCAGAGCAACAGUGGCCUAACUCACAACACGCAAUUUUACCAAAAAGCUUUUCUUACCUUAAAGUUAUCCCUUAUUUAAGUAUAUUCAGAUGCAGAGUGGCUCAAGCAAAACCACUAUCUGAAAAUACUUAAAUAAGGGAUAAGUUUAAUGUAAUAAAAGCGUUUUGGUAAAAUAGUGGAUUGUGGUUUUAGGUCACUGUUGCUCUGAGUGCCUCAUUUAUGCUGAUCUCCUCUGUAAAUCGUUUGUUACACGUGGAGUCCAUUUAAGGUUUUUCUCUAGUGUGUACUCUAUAUAUACAAACUGUUCACCGUGCUUCGGAGGGCACGGAAAGUCGUCGGUCCCCACGACAUUUUCAUUUUUAAAAAGAAAACGAACCGUUGUCGUCGGUCCCCUUUGGCUAGUGUGCAUCGACACUAGCUACUUGAAACAGGGUUAAAGAUGCAGUUGGCGCCGGAAUAAUCCGAAAGGAUCCUUCCGGCAAAAAUGCCAUACGAUAUUGUAGCGAAAGAGCUACCACAAGAAACAGGUUCCAUCUCGACACCGCAGAAAUAUAUAGAUGGAACACGUGACGAGGGGAGUGAAGUGUUCGAGAACAGACGCGAAGGACGCUCGGAAUACCUCGCUUCCCUCACCACGUGUUCCAUCUAGAUAUUUCUGCGGUGUAGAGAUGGAACCUGUUACUUGUGGUAGCUCUUUCGUUACAUUAUUAUUGAAACAAAUUUCACACUUGUAAGGUUUUCUCCAAUGAAUAUGAAUCUUAAUGCUAAUUUCCAUUGUAUAUCGUAUGAUAUACGUGGAGUACAUUUAAGGUUUUUCUCCAGUAUGCAAUCUCAAAUGUUAUAGUAAGGAACACGAUCGCUAGAUGUUUCUCCACUCCAACUUUCGUUAAAGUUCAAUUUGUAAUAAAUUAUGGACGGCCGUAACUCUGCAGUUGAUACUGGCCUCAUAAGCCAGAGCGCACGAGUUCGAGUCUCGGCACAAACCACGACAUUUUCAUUUUUACAAAGAAAACGAACCGUUCACCUAAAGGCGUCGGUCCCCUUUGGCUACUGUGCAUCGACAUUAGCUACUUGAAACAGGGUUAAAGAUGCAAUUGAAUCAGUGAUUAUGAAAAGGGGUUAUCUCCACUUUCUGUCGAAUUUGUAUUUAAUACACAUAGACACGUCUAUUCCAUUCCAAUUUCAAUAUUAUUACCAUAAGCACAGCCUACCCCGCAAAUCAGUUCAGUUUGAAAAGGAGUCAUCUCCUAGAAAUGACUCCUUUUCCCAUUCUACCACAUGAUCUGUAAAUGCCUGUUUAAUUUAAAAACGGGUCAUCUCUUUUUCAAAAAAUUUCGGUUUCUAGGUCUUUUAAAAACACUUAAAAUAAUCAUCAGCUAGUAUUUAGCAGUUUGCUGUGUGUAAUAAACAAUAUUCACAUUAUAAUGACUAUUUUUUUCUUUUAAUGUUCGUUAUGAAAACGGGUUAUCUCUUUUUCAAAAAAUUGCUGUUUCUAGGUCUUUUAUAAUUUAAAAAAACUUUUUUCAAAUAUUCAUCAACUUAUAUAAUAAAUAUUAAAACCAAAGAAUACAUAAAAACAGAUAUUUCCCUAAUAGUCUUAAAGAUAAAAAAUAAAAAGUUUUUUACCUCUCCUGUGAAAUUUAAAAAAGUGGAGGUGAGUAGUGAUGUAACGAAUGUCAUUUUUUGAACAUUCGCGAAUACGAAUGCGAAUACCUGCUACGACAUUCGCGAAUGCGGAUGCGAAUAUUCAGUUUUUUUAAUUUGUUUCUAUUUUUGUAAUAUUUUCUAAAUUUAUAAUGAGAAGUUAAUUGAUAUCUAGUGUAAAUAAAUCUGAUUCUUAAGGAAUCUUAAGGCUUAAUAAAAAAGACCAAAUAAUAAAAUAAAGUAAAGGCUGAUAAUGUGAUUAUACGAAGUUAAGUUACCUUUCCUUAAUAAAAAAAAAAGAUGAGAUGUGAAGAUAUUUUGAUUUUAUUAACCUAAUAUUAUCUUCAAAUUACUUUUUUCUGAUAUUCAUAUUCGCAAAACAUUUGCACAAAUUUUGCGAAUAUUCGCGAAUGCGAAUAUUCGUUACAUCACUAGAGGUGACAUUUUCAAAAUUACUGAUUCAAUUAUUGUAACAAAUUUCACAUUUGUAAGGUUUUUCUCCAUUGACUAUGACUAUUUAUGCUAAUCUCCACUGUAAAUCGUUUGUUACACGUGGAGUACAUUUAAGGUUUUUCUCCAGUGUGUACUCUAUAUACAAUCUGUUCACCGUGCUUCGGAGGGCACGUAGUCGUCGGUCCCCGCGGCAUUUUUAUUUUUAAAAAGAAAACGAACCGUUCACUGUGCUUCGAGAGCACGUAAUGUGUCGGUCCCCUUUAGCUAGUGUGCAUCUGCACUAGCCACAUGAAACAGGGUUAAAGAUGCAAUUGGCGCCGGAACAAUCCGAAGGGAUCCCUCCGGCAAAAAUGCCAUACGAUAUUGUAGCGAAAGAGCAACCACAAGUAACAGGUUCCAUCUCGACACCGCAGAAAUAUCUAGAUGGAACACGUCACGAUUGGAAUGAGGUGGUCGAGAACAGACGCGAAGGACGCUCGGAAUACCUCACUUCCCUCAUCACGUGUUCCAUCUAGAUAUUUCUGCGGUGUAGAGAUGGAACCUGUUACUUGCGGUAGCUCUUUCGGUACAUUAUUAUUGUAACAAAUUUCACACUUGUAAGGUUUUCUCCAUUGAAUAUGAAUCUUAAUGCUAAUUUCCACUGUAUAUCGUAUGAUAUACGUGGAGUACAUUUAAGAUUUUUCUCCAGUCUGUAAUCUCAAAUGCUAUAGUAAGGAACACGAUCGCUAGAUGUUUCUCCACUCCAACUUUCGUUAAAGUUUAAUUUGUAACAAAUUAUGAACGGCCGUAACUCUGCAGUUGAUACUGGCCUCAUAAGCCAGAGCGCACGAGUUCGAGUCUCGGCACAAACCACGACAUUUUCAUUUUUACCAAGAAAACGAACCGUUCACCUAAAGGCGUCGGUCCCCUUUGGAUACUGUGCAUCGACAUUAGCUACUUGAAACAGGGUUAAAGAUGCAAUUGAAUCGGUCAUUGUGAAAAGGGGUUAUCUCCACUUUUUUGACAUUUCCACUUUCUGUCGAAUUUGUAUUUAAUACACAUAGACACGUCUAUUCCAUAUGAAAACGGGUCAAUAUUAUUACCGUAAGCACAGCAUACCCCGCAAAUCAAUUCAGUUUGAAAAGGAGUCAUCUCCUAGAAAUGACUCAUUUUCCCAUUCUACCACAUGAUCUGUAAAUACCUGUUCAUUAUGAAAACGGGUCAUCUCUUUUUCAAAAAAUUGCGGUUUCUAGGUCUUUCAUAAUUAAAAAAAACUUUUUUAAAAUAUUCAUCAGCUUAUAUAGUAAAUACUAAAACCAAAGAAUACAUAAAAACAGAUAUUUUCCUAAUAGUCUUAAAGAUAAAAAGUUUUUUACCGCUCCUGUGAAAUUUAAAAAAGGGGAGGUGACCUUUUCAAAAUUACUGAUUCAAUUAUUGUAACAAAUUUCACAUUUGUAAGGUUUUUCUCCAUUGAAUAUGAAUAUUUAUGCUGAUCUCCACUGUAAAUCGUUUGUUACAGUUGAGUCCGCGAAUCUUUACCCGUGCUUCAUCAUUUAAAGCAUACGAAAUAAGUCGAUGAUAAGUCGGAAAUUGAAAGUUACUAAACGCAACAGCAAGUCACAGUAUAGUAAAUAUUAAAACCAAAGAAUACAUAAAAACAUAUAUUUUCCUAAUAGUCUUAAACAUAAAAGUUUUUUUACCUUCUGUGAAAUUUAAAAAAGUGGAGGUGACCUUUUCAAAAUUACUGAUUCAAUUAUUGUAACAAAUUUCACAUUUGUAAGGUUUUUCUCCAUUGAAUAUGAAUAUUUAUGCUAAUCUCCCUCCACUGUAAAUCGUUUGUUACACGUGGAGUGCAUUUAAGGUUUUUCUCCAGUGUGUACUCUAUAUACAAUCUCUUCACCGUGCUUCGGAGGGCACGUAAAGUCGUCGGUCCCGGCGACAAUUUUAUUUUUAAAAAGAAAACGAACCGUUCACCGUGCUUCGACAGCACGUAAUGUGUCGGUCCCCUUUAGCUAGUGUGCAUCGGCACUAGCUACUUGAAACAGGGUUAAAGAUGCAAUUAUUGUAACAAAUUUCACAAUUGUAACGCUAAAUACACACACCGAUUUUGUAUCGACCGUUCAAAUUCCGAUAGUGAACCACAUGUUAGAACGGGACAUUUCACACACGCCGGCACCGAUAAGCGGUCGGCGUGUGUGAAAUAUCCCGUUAAAACCUGUGGUUCACUAUCGGAAUUUGGACGGCCUAUAUAAAAUCGAUCGUCCAAAAUCGGUGUGUGUGUAUUUAGCGUAUGGUAUAUUGAAUAUGAAUUAAUCUCCACUGUCAAUCAUAUGAUACACGUGGAGUACAUUUAUGGUUUUUCGCCAGUGUGCAAUUUCAAAUGUUAUAGUAAGAAACUAUGGCUAUAGUCCGUCCCACCUUGACUUUUCAGUAUAGGGAACAUAGGCAAUGCAGUCCUUAUGAGAGUUUUUAGCGCGGUGAUGCAGAUUUUAUCAAAAAGAAUUUGUAAUCGAACAUUAGAGAGAUUAAAUUAAAACUAGUGUAGAAAGACAGUCUACAAUUUUAGGAUUCGUAUGAGUUUAAGUUUAUUUGAUAUACUAUAGUUAUUACGCAUAUGAAUCUUUAAAUUGUAGGUUGCCUUUCUAAAACAGUUUUAAUUUAAUCUCGCUAAUGUUCGAUUACAAGUUCUUUUUGAUAAAAUCGGAAUCACCGCGUUAAAAACUCUCAUGCAUUGCCUAUGUUCCCUAUACUGUAAAGUCAAAGUGGGAAAGACAUAGGUGUUUCGUCAGUGUGCAAUCUCAUAUGAUAUAGCGAGGAAUACGAAUAAUAUAAAAUGUAAUCCUCAUUACAUUCAGUUGUGGUUUAAUCCCAUGUACUGUUUACGAUAGUAGACAUUCAUUGCCUUUGACCAUAUCGGCUGCAAUUGCAGAAAAAAAUACCGGGAAGAAAUAAUUGCGUACCACGCUUUAUAAACUCCCAUUACGUUCUUGUAGUAUCAGUAUUGAAUUUUAUUUGGAAUAUUGAAUUCUCUACAUUAGAAAAAACUUGCUCAACAUGAUAAAAAAUUCCACUUUGAAUCAGCUCUAAUGAAAUUUUUUAUGGAAACUUUUAACAAAUCACUACUUUCAUUUGGUGGUUUAUGUAUGUAAUAAUUACAGUUAAGUCCAUGGUUCUUUGCCCAUGCAUCAUUAUUUAAAACAUACGAAAUAAGUCGAAAAUUUACCCCACGCAACAGCAAAUGACAGAAAGUAGCUACUGCUCCGAUGACGGAGCAGUAGCUACUUCUAUUAUAAAAUUUGACGUUAUCAAAUAAAUAAAAUGUAAAAUGUUAGUUUUGCUUUAAAAUUUUUGUGCAGAAUUACAGCUACAUUUGAAGUAGCUUAAUUCAAAAAAUAAUAUAUAUUAUAGUAAAUAUAAUAACCAGGCAUAAUCUAAAAAAAAUCAAUAAAAUAUUUUCUUUUUGUCAUUUCUUUCACUUUUGCGGAAACUUAACAAAAACGGAAACAAAACCGUUCCUUAACUGUGUUAACUGAGGUUAACUUUGUAGGUGUAUAAUUUAAUGGCAAAAUAAAAUAAACUUAUAUGUACACCAUAAAAUUUCAAACUCCAAUAUAAAAUUAGUUUAAAAACAACUGUUUGUGUAAUAUAAAUAACUUCUAAAGAAAAACAGCAUAACAGGACAAAAAACAGCAAAAAAUCCAACAAACUGACAGCCACAAGUAAACAAACCAGAAACGUCACAAAUUGUACUCCAGUUGAAAACAUUCCCAAGCGUAUUUUUCCACCACUUAUCUCUUUUCGAUGUACUAAGUCUAAAGCGUUCAUAAAAGUAACAUGUGUCUUUACUUAAUAACAGGCGGUAGCUGGUUGGUCUUUAGUUUCAUGCGUGGAAGACAAUGAUGCUAGAUAAAAAGUAUGUGUUUUAUCUCGCCAGGUAUUAAUGACUCACGGGUAAGGAACCAUGGACUCAAUUGUAUAAAGUGGUUUGCAGUACUUAUUACUAAGACAGGCUAGGAGAACUAGAUAAUAUAUUUUGGGAACUUUUAAUGGGUAGUUCUUAUAAAACGAUUUAUUUUUAGUGUUACAACUUUUUAACCAAUACAAAUACCCUUGUAAGAUUGUAUUAUUACAGUAUUUUUGAUCGUAUUAUAAUGGCAACUUUAUUUUAACAACACAGGUUUUCCUACACUAAUUAUGCUUCACUUUACAAAUUAUCUGAAUUUUGUUGAUGCAAUUUCAUCAAUUUAUUUUAAGCUGGAUAAAACAUAACAUAUUUUUAUGUUGUGGGAUGAACUUAGUGCAUUUAGUAGUUAGUUUGCUGUCCUCUGUUCCACCAUCUUUUAAUUAAUUUAUUGUAGUUUUGACAUACUAUGUGCAAGCGCAUUGAACAUAUAAGAAAGAAUUUGUAUAUUUGAAAAAUUAUGCUAUGAAAACUCUUAACAAACAUUGUAGAGCUGAUAGAUACGUAUUAAUGGACAAUACCAAAAAUAAUUGUCUACUUUGUAUUAUAAAUUGAAAUUAUUUUAUUUUAGUGCAUUUUUCGGAUGGUAGUAUUUAGUAUUGGUUAAAAUAUUCAAAUAAUACUUAUACAACGAACUAGCUUUUAAUACGAAAUUAAAUUUUGGAAUAUUUACAUCCCGAUUGUUAGAUAAAUCUGUAUAACUUUGAUAAAAAUUCAAUAGGACCACUAGAAAUAUCACUUUAUAUGAUAAUCUGUAUAUCUUCGAUAAACUUUCAAUAGGACCACAAAAAAUAUCAUGUUAUAUGAAUCUAUAAUUUACAUUUUUCUAAUAAAGUUUUUUCCAAAAAAUA